AUGGCUAGUGAUCUUUCAGUUGAAUUGUUAGAGAUAGUUGGAAAGUGCCUCAACUUCACCAACGAUGUUUCUCGAUUCCGUGCUGUUUGUCAGUCAUGGCGUUCCUCUGUUUCUCCCUUUACAAAAAGUAGGCAGCAGCUCCUUUCUCCCAUCAGAGGUCCAAUACAACUCCCCAAGCAUUCUGAUAGUAAUGGAAACUGGCCUAAGAUUAUGACCCUCACCAAGGGGGUCAUCUAUCAUGUUACCCACAGUUCAGGUACUUGGAUUGUUACUGUCAAACUAAAUGAAUCAGAUGAAAUUGUUCGUAGGCUAGAUCCACUGUUUCGAUGCCCGUUCUCGUGUGAGCAGUUCCCUGAGACAUUCCCAGAGGCAUUGAACUUGUUGGAUGAAGAUGUUCGGGUAGUCGAAUUGGCAGAAGCUUAUAGUCUAAAAGAUAUCAGUGAGACUGGUCGUGAUUAUAGAGUGGCUGUGUCCUUCAAUCCUAGUUGUCCUGUACUUAUGGUCAUUGUCAAUGGAGUCUUAUACUACUGUAACAUAGGUGAUGAUCCCAUUCCAAUGUUAAAACCAGUGGAAGGUCUAUCAGAAUUCAUCCGGCUGGAAGAUGUUAUUUACUAUGAGGAAAAAUUUUAUGCUGUUUCCAGGGAUGCGACCAUACUAGUGCUGGAUUCGUGUUCUUUGCAGGUGAUGGAUAUACUUGUGAAGACUCGGAUGUCAGGUCACAGGAAGUAUUUGGUGGAAUCAGCUGGAGAAAUUUUUUUGGUUAUUAAACAGAUUCACCUUAACUACAUAGUUUUCAAGUUGAAUGUACUUGAGAAGUGCUGGGUUGAGAUGGAGGACGGUUUCGAUGGUCGAAUAUUGAUAAUAGAUUCGGAUGCAGGCUGCAUCUUUCCUUCUGCUCAAGAUUUCCCGGGAAUUGAGCAUGGGAACAAUAGUUGCAGUUAUUUCUAUCAUCCCAACUAUACACACUGGGCAGAAUCUCGCUUAGUUAGAUGA